UGGCCGCCCUGUUAAAGUUGCGCUGCGACUGUCCCAUUAGAGUUGUUGUUGUCAGGCGCAAAAUUUUUGUCUCAAUCGAUUUUUUUAUAAUAUUUAAGAAAUUAACACUUAACCAAAUCAAAAUAUCCCCAACAAAAGUAACAACGAACAUGGAGACUUUGCUAGACGAGGAAUUGGAGUCGUUGGAGGCGAUUCUUAUGGACGAUGUGCGCAUUUUGCGCCGCACCAACGGCGCUGUCGAAAUCAUUGAGACAACGGUGCUGCCGCUGACCGGCGAGGAGGACGAGCAGCAAUAUAUUUGCGUAACGCUCCAGGUGCUGCCCCCACCUGGCUAUCCGGAUGUGAGUCCCACGUUCAAGCUGCUGCGUCCGCGUGGCCUGGAUGAUGGCCGCCUGGAGGCCAUACGCAGCGCUUGCAACGCCAAGAUCAAAGAGUCGAUCGGCCUGCCCGUUGUCUUCGAUUUGAUUGAGGUGGUGCGGGAACAUUUGACCGGCAGCAAUUUGCCCAGUGGCCAGUGCGUCAUCUGCUUGUAUGGGUUUAGCGAAGGCGAUGAGUUCACGCGGACCGAGUGCUUCCAUUACCUGCACAGCUAUUGCCUGGCACGCCAUUUGAAUGCGCUGCGUCGCAGCUACCAGGAGGAGUUCGACAAGCUGCCAGCUUGGCUGCAAAAGACUGCAGAUCCCUUCCAGGCGCUGUGCCCCGUCUGCCGGGAGCACAUACACGACGAGUCCGAUAGCCUCAAGUGCGCGAUGCCGCCCUCCGAGCUGGAGAAUGCGCCCGAAUUUCAGGUAACACAGGAACUGCGCCAGAUGCAGCAGCGCAUGUCGCAGCUGUUUCUGCAGCAGAAGAGUCGUGGAGCCAUUAUCGAUGCAGAGGCCGAGGCCGGCACCGUCAUUGCCAUAGAGACCGAAGAGGAUGUGCGUCGGCGACAGCGUCACGAAGAGGCCGAGGCUGCCAAGAAGCUGGCCACAUCACCAGAGGCAGCCGGCAGCACGGCCUGUGCCAAGCCCGCCGCCAGCAGCUUUGCGCCCGUGGUGCAGGAGACGCAGCGUAUCCUGCCGGAGCCCACAAACAACAACUAUCAGCAUCACAAUCGUCGGCAUUAUCGCGGCGGCCGGCGUCAUCAUCAUCAUCACCACCAUCAUCAUCGUGGCGAGCGCGCCGAGGCUGCGCAUACCUCAGGGGCUGCUGCUGUUGGAGGAGGAGGCGCAGGUGCAGCUGGUGCCGCAGCUGGCAGUGGCGCCAGCUCUGGCGCAGGCAAACAGCCAAAGGCGCAAACUGCCGGGAGCGGCCAUGCCAGGUGACACUGGCGCAGCACCAGGCUGCUGCGUCUAACAAUGCCAAUUAAAAAAGACGCAGCCCUGACGCUAACAAUGCCAAUGCCCAAGCUGUUGCGCCCGCUGCUGUCCUGCUGCUAAUAUACAACAACAAUAACACACACACAUACACACACUCCGCCCCCUUUAAAACUCGCUCCUUUAGUUUGUUUAUUUUAAUUUGUUUGUGCAACACUCAAUUUCUGUGAAUUUCUGAACCAACUAGUUGGCUCAGAUGAUGAUUGAUUGAUUGAUUGACUUAUGUUUAGUUUAGCUGGAUGGCGAGCGUGGUUUAGCGAAUUUCAAUUGAUCUAUAUUGUAUAUGUAUAUUUAUAACUAUGUAUUUAGUUUUAUGUUUAUUAUAUAACGAUACAUCUAUUUGUAUUUGUAAUGGCUUACAAAAGACUUGCGGCAUUGUGCCGACGAUAUUAUUGGUUAGGAGAACAUUUAGGGCGUUCCGAAAUAUAUGUAUUUUAGCAGCACCAACUGGCAGCGCUGGCGUUGACGUACACACACACAUACACACACACACAAGCACACUUUGAUAUUUACUAAACGCAUAAACUGCAAUUCGCACUUGAACUUUAGCAUAAAUGUUUAACUCGUAACUAUUCCCCCCCUCUAUCGUUCUUCUCUGUGGCAGCUUAGCACAAGAUACAUGAAAACAAUAAAAUAAAAAUAAAAUUUAUGUAAAGUCA